AUGGCAUGGACUCCGAUUCUUAUCGUCCUUACUGUCUGUCUUGGUUUUUCAACGAUCAAUGGUUGUCUCUCGAUGGUCAUUCCAUCAUCGUCAACACCAUCGAUACCAGAUAACUCCUCUAACACUACUACUCUUCCGUCGACUACAGCCAAUGCGACGCAUCACAACACAACAGCUCCGCCAACACACGUUCUUCGUGUACGGAUUCGUGUACACAAUUCGCUAAUCGAAACGUUAGUUAACAAGAAACAAUUGGAUUUAAUUGAAGUUCAAUUGCGACAACGGCAUAUCCCGUAUCGUCAAAUUCAGGAUAAUAAAGAUGGAAUAACAAUCAUCAUCGGACCGUUUCAUAAAUCAACGAAUCUAACUGCAACAAUGAUGAUGUUUAAUCAAUCACGUUUUCAUACGAAUUUUACUAAGAUUAUCCCGAUAAAAACAUCAAUUGGGGAUCAGAAGAAUCUAACUAAUACAACGAUUCAAUCCGAUGAAAAGAAGACUCCCAUGGAUCAUUUUCGAAUAUCUGUCGAAGCACAUGAAUACGAUCUCGCACAUGAUCAAGAAUCUUUGGAAUUUCGGAACUGUUUGGAAGCAUGUGAAAUUUAUGAACGCAAUGAAUUGAAACCUGAUCAUGAUUGUAUUCGAAAGAAAUGUCUCAAGGAUAUAACAGGCAUUUGA